UCAGGAAAGUGUUUUCUUCUAGCCAUGUGGUUAACGGCACACAUACACCCCUCCGCCAUCCUGCUAUUGACCCUCAGCAGCCUGGCCUCUGCAGGUCCAUUGUCUCGAAGCCCUUGUGAACUUUUGCCAGUUGGUGUGGGUCACCCAGUUCAGGCAAUGUUAAAGAGUUUUACCGCCCUAUCAGGCUGCGCUAGCAGAGGAACUACCAGCCACCCUCAGGAGGUGCACAUCAUCAACCUACGAAAAGGCAGUGCACAAGGAGCCAGAGAGAAAACGGCAGAGGUGGCGUUACAUCUGCGGCCCAUCCAGUCCCUGCAUGUGCACCAGAAACCACUGGUUUUUAUCCUGAACUCCCCUCAGCCCAUCCUCUGGAAGGUCCGGACAGAGAAACUGGCCCCAGGAGUUAAACGUAUCUUCCAUGUUGUAGAGGGAUCUGAAGUGCACUUUGAGGUUGGGAAUUUCUCAAAGUCGUGUGAAGUGAAGGUGGAAACUCUUCCUCAUGGCAAUGAGCAUCUGCUUAAUUGGGCUCAUCACCGCUACACUGCAGUUACAUCUUUCAGUGAGCUCAGGAUGGCCCAUGACAUCUACAUCAAGGUUGGAGAAGACCCUGUGUUCUCUGAGACCUGUAAAAUCGAUAACAAAUUCCUGUCUCUAAACUAUCUGGCCAGCUACAUCGAGCCCCAGCCAUCCACAGGCUGUGUUCUCUCAGGUCCUGAUCAUGAGCAGGAGGUUCAUAUCAUUGAGCUUCAGGCACCAAACUCCAGCAGUGCAUUCCAGGUGGAUGUGAUUGUGGAUUUAAGGCCUCUGGAUGGUGACAUUCCACUUCAUCGUGACGUCGUGUUGCUUCUGAAAUGUGAGAAGUCAGUGAAUUGGGUGAUCAAAGCCCACAAAGUCAUGGGCAAACUGGAGAUUAUGACAUCAGAUACGGUCAGUCUGAGUGAAGACACAGAACGGCUGAUGCAGGUGUCAAAGACGGUCAAACAGAAACUGCCCGCGGGGUCGCAGGCUCUCAUCCAGUGGGCCGAAGAAAACGGAUUCAAUCCCGUCACUUCAUACACCAACACUCCUGUUGCCAAUCACUUCAAUCUGCGCCUCAGAGAACAAGUUUCAGAUGUGGGGAUCAUGGAUGAGGGAAUGUUGCCACCAUUUUCCAUUCUCCGCAACAUCAAUCCACUUCCAAAGCCCAGCGCCCGGGAUGCUCCUCCACGGAAUGGUUUUCCUUUCCCCUUCCUGCCUAUGGACCAGGACCAGUCAUUCCCUCCUUUGAUGCCCCCUCAUGAGGAUAGUGUUUUUCUGGCUGGGGGCCCCGAGGAGCACCAGGGGUCUGCAGAUGUAGGAUUCAAUGUGCAGUGUGAGAAGAACAAAAUGGUAGUCAGCAUUGAUAAGGAAACUCUACAGG